UCCCCGGCCACCGCCAUGGCCCGGCCUGGCCCCGCCCCCUCACGUCUAUUUCCGGGGCGGGGCGUCGCCGUUUCCCCUAGCACUUCCUGCAGCUGCCGCCGUCGCCGGGCAGAAGUGCUUAGCUUGAAAAUGGCAACCACCACUGACCUGAAGGAAGCUAGUGGUACCCAAAACUCUGGGGACAUUUUGCUGCCAGACUUCCCUAAGGGACCACUUUGUGUGUACCGCAAGAAGGCUUCCUUCAACUGGAAAGAGAUGGCAGUGUUUUUAGAGGGAAAAGAACUCCUCCAAUAUAAGAAUGGAAUCUUCUCUACUUUGGAAAAUGAUCCACUCUUUGCUCGUCAUCAUGGAGAAGAUAUAACCCAAGAGAAACUUCGUGAGCUGACAUUCCUGCGUUGCAAGAAGCUCUUUGAAUAUGAGUUUGUAAAUAUGGAAGAUCUCAUAGUGAAUCCAUUAAAACUUAUGAUAUUGUUACAGUGCCUUGGGAUGUAUGAUUGGUCUGUCUGUCUCAAAUACCUCUUAAAUCACCAAAAUUUCAAGAAUAUGAUCGAAAGUGCUGGAUCUGAGAGGCAUAAGGAAUUGGUGAGACAAGUCGAUAAUAUGGAGAUUUUUGGAUGUUUUGCUCUGACUGAACUUAGCCAUGGAACCAAUACAAAGGCUAUCCGGACAACUGCCCGAUAUGACCCCAGUACUCAGGAAUUUGUCAUCAACACUCCAGAUUUUGAAGCUGCCAAGUUUUGGAUUGGUAACAUGGGAAAAAAUGCUACUCAUGCAGUUGUGUAUGCCCAGCUCUAUACUUCUGAUGGAAAAUGCCAUGGAUUGCAUACUUUUGUUGUACAGAUUCGAGAUACAAAAACAUUGCUGCCAAUGCCUGGAGUGAUGGUAGGUGACAUAGGAAAGAAACUUGGGCAGAAUGGUUUGGAUAAUGGAUUUGCCAUGUUUCACAAGGUCAGGAUACCUAAAGAAAACUUACUGAAUAAUACUGGAGAUGUCACAGAGGAGGGAGUAUACACAAGCUCAUUUAAGGAUCUCAAACAUCGUCUUGGUGCCUCUCUUGGGUCUUUAUCCGUUGGCAGAAUUUGUAUAGUACAAAUGUCUGUUGCUAAUUUAAAGCUCGCUUUAUCGAUAGCUAUUCGUUUCUCUGCAACACGCCAUCAAUUUGGGCCAACAGAUGGUGAAGAAAUACCAGUCCUUGAAUACCAAAUGCAGCAAUGGCGCCUUCUUCCCUAUCUGGCAGCUAGCUAUGCCUUAGACCAUUUUGUCAAGACUUUGUUCAUGAACUUUGUAGAAUUUAAAAUAGGUGUUGUGAUGAAGGAAAAGAGCCUAAGACAGGCUGAACUUGGACGUGAACUUCAUGCUUUGGCUGCUGCUGGCAAACCACUGGCCUCCUGGACUGCACAGCAGGCAGCCCAGGAGUGUCGAGAAGCUUGUGGAGGACAUGGCUACCUAUCCAUAAAUCGUCUAGGUGAUAUCCGCAAUGAGAAUGAUCCAAACUGCACAUACGAAGGAGACAAUAAUGUCCUGCUUCAGCAAACUAGCAACUACUUGUUGAGUUGGGUGACUGUGAAACACCAAGAUAAAGCACCUAUUGAAUCCCCUUUUGGAACAGUAAACUUUUUGGAAGAUUACCAUUAUAUUCUGAGCCAAAAAUUUACAGCCUCUAGUGCUGAAGAUUGCAUGAACUCUUCAGUUCCUUUAGCAGCCUACAAAUGGCUGGUGUGUUACCUACUCCAAGAAAGUGACCUAAAGUUGAACCAGAAGAAACAGUCUGGAUGUAGUGAUUUUGAGGCGAGAAACAACAGCCAGGUAUACUACUGUCGUUCAUUAGCUAUAGCUUUUAUUGAGCAUACAGUCUUACAAAGAUACCAUGAUUACACUCAUGAUCCCACCACACCAUCUACUCUCCAGCCUGUACUAAAGCAACUCAGUGCUCUCUAUGGACUAUGGUCUUUAAGUAAACAUAUGGCUGUGCUCUAUCAAGGUGGAUAUAUUUCAGGUGAACAACCUAGUAGGUUCAUCCAAAAUGCUAUUCUGGAACUUUGCUCCAAGUUGAAAGAUGAUGCUGUUGCCUUGGUUGAUGUCAUUGCUCCUCCUGACUUCAUUCUGAACUCACCCAUUGGCAGAUCUGAUGGAGAGCUAUAUAAAAAUCUCUGGAAUGCAGUCUUGCAAGGCAGUGAAGUCCUGCAGAGACCAUCAUGGUGGGCAGAAUUUUGUACCAAUAAGCCCAAUGUAGGCAGGCUGAGAUCAAGACUAUAAUUCAAAUAAGCUGUUAAAAUGGCCUAAGAAGGGAUAACCUAAAUGAAACAUUUCAAAGGGUUGCAAAUGAAGGUUUUCAUACUAAGAUGUCAAGAACUGGAACAACUUUGAAAUCAAAUCCAGCCUGGUUGUUUCAAGGACUGUUGACAUCAUAAUGGCAAGAUUAUUUCAGCACUUCCUAUUAGUUUUGCUAUUAACCAGUCAAAAAUCUCCAUUAAUAUUAUUUGCUUAUCACAGCUUUAACAUAUAUGUUCAAUAAGUGAAAAUUAAAUAUUACUUCUGUCAUCGUUACUCAUCAGAAUCUUCCAGUUCUGUAAAUAUUGGCAUGCUGAAGACUUUGACCAUCCAAAUAAUUGUCCUACUUCGAGCCAUAAAUGCAUGUUUCUCAACCAGGGCACUGUAAGAUUCUCUUAAGGGUGGCACAGGGCACCACACAAUGUUACUCUUACUUUUACUGAAUUCUUUGCAACAGAAGAAUUGCUCUUACCGUAUUUACCAAAAUCCAAGAUGACGCCCAAUAACUAGAUUCUGUACAGUAUGUGGAAAAUUUAUAAACUUAUCAUAAUGUUCAACAUCUAGAAUCCAGUUAUUGGAAAGUCAUCUUCAGUUCAUCUCCCACCACUACAGUUGCGCAAGCAGUGGUAGGGGGCAGGUAAGAGAGAAGUCAAGUGUCUCACCCCUGCUUCUUGACUCCACCCCCUUCACCUUGUCCCCCCUGCUGCCUUUUCCCACCACCACUUGUCCCCCCCUGCUGAUUUCCCCAUCCCCAGUGCCUAUGUACUCUGGUGCUUGCCCCCCUGCCAACAUCUGCUCUUCCUGCUGUUUUCUCUCCAUGUCUGUGCCCCCAUGUUACCAACCCCCCCCCGAAGUGCUUGCACCCAUUAACAGUUGACACCCCCCCCACCACUUGCCCUCUUUCCACCUCCCCACUUCCACCACUGCCUUUGCAACUUUUCCCUCUGCUGCUGCUUCUAUCCCUUCCCCAGCUCCAGCCUUGCUCUAGCCCAGGACUUGGAGCACACAGUCACUCUGGCCCCUGCCCAGCCAUACAACAAUGGUUGCAGCAGCACCAGCUCUGACCCUGGAGGAAGAGGCUGUGGGGGAAGAUGUGAUUGUGUGUUGGGGGACAGUUGGGAAGCAGCUGCAGCUUCAACCCCAAGGCUGGAGUUGGAGCAACAACAGCUGCCUGACCCUCUACUCUGUGUGUAAGAGGGAAGGCAAAAGGCCCCCCAGUAUAUCCCAAACCCUUGUCCGACAUGCCCCGAUACUCCCCGUAGGAGCCAGGAUGAGCAGCAGCCAAAAGGAAACGCCGAUGCAGGCUCAGCAGUUCUGCAGCUGCCUGAGCCUGCAUAUCAGCGAACAGUGGGGGUGUGGCUCCUGAUAAGUGUGGGCUGCUCAAAAGGCAGCCGGAGAUCCAGCUGUGCCGGGCAGCGGGGAGUGGAACCCUGGCCGAGAGAUGCCGGCUGCAGAACCACAAUGCUCAAACCCUGGAUGCCAGAGGAAGGAGCCGGGAGCCUGCCAAAGGACCCAGUCAGGCAAGGCAGAGAGCAGCCUUGGGAGCUGACAGGGACAAGGGAGCCCCAACAGGGAGCAGCAGCCUUAUGGGAUGCUGCAGGAGAACAGUAGGGCUCCAACUGGGAGCUCAGACGCCGUGGCCAGGGACAGCCCCUCAAGACCACAGACAUCCUUUGGCAGCCCUGCACAAGCAGAGCACGGGGGAUCGCAGACCCCCGGGAAGGGGAAGUAAACGAUUCUGGCUGACUGGUGGGACCAGGACAGCUUGACCACAGAUCAGACGGACCCCAUGGAGGUCAUGCUGGAAGAACCAGCAGAGGCUGGGCACAGGGUGGUUGCCUGUCCCCAUGCCUACUAGGAUACAAGGGACGGGCGAGUCCCCCAAGGAACCAAGGGCCCAGACGCCAGUCAUUUUUCAGUUAAGUUUUCUUCAGUUACAGUCUAGCUUCGGAUGGGGCAGGUUUAAUUGCCCAGGGUGAGGGGAGCUGACCCUAAGAUGAGGGAUGGACCCGGAAAGACUGACAGCCAGGCAGACCCAACCCUUUUGAAGCGAGCAGUGUGGAUGAGGUGAAAUCAUCCAGGGGAAUACCUGCGGUGAGCAGUAUCUACCCAGGCCAAGGACGUGGUAAGAGUGGGGUAAAGGGAAGGUUUGAAGCCUCAUGAAGACAGCCCAGGUCCGAGAGCCCCUUGGGCUACCUACAGGGAACUGCCUCCCCAACAAUGAACAUCAAAGAUGUGGCAGGAAAGAACGGGCAGCACCCAAAACAUCUAGGUGGCAUCAAAACCUGAUCUUACCCUGACAUAGCUGGGGGGCAAGGCACCGAUCAAAAGGGGCCUACAACACCCAUAACACCUACAAGCAACACUACUUUAAAACAAGGAGCUUCCCCACAUCCUGUAUUAGAUGGGGGAAAAAACUCAUCUUGGUUUCAAGUAAAUGUGGUAUUUUUCUAAAGUCCAAAAGUCAAAAAAUGAGUGAAAGCUAAGAGCUGGUAUUUUCCAAGGGGUGUCACGAGUCUAACAAGGGGUGUUUCGAGUCUAAUAAGGUUAACAACCACUAACAGACAACUAGACCACCAUAAACUUACCAAGCUUGUGGAGGAAACAAAGGAGAAGGUAAAAAAAAGGAGGAGAAGAUCACUAUUAGGGGUAAACUAUUAUAACAUCAUUGUUGCUAACUAAAGUGGCCCUUUUGAGGCCCAUGAAGCUACUCUGAUUUAUGCUAUUUUGUUCACAGUGUUUAAUGUAUGUGAUUGUUCUUUCAGUGCAAAUGAAGUAAUACGUUGUUUUUCAUUUUGAGAUUUUGAUUGAUCCUUCCUUUAAGUUUUAUGUCUCCCUGCAACUACAGUUAAUUCAAAGCAUCUUGUUCACUUGUGUGAUGAAUGCCCACUCACACUUGAAACUAUUGUAUAUUUUCAUUAGCGAUUAUAAUGGUAUUGCCACCUUCUCACCUCCCCCCAGUACUGUUUCAGCUUUUAAGUUGAAUAAGCCAAAAUCUGACCUGAUGUACUUCAGUGUCUGUUGAAACUGUGCCUCUUGCUUCAGAUCUGAUUGGGCAACUAACUGGUCAAUAGAUUUUUAUAAAUAAACAGUGUUUUAUGGUGA